CCACACUCUCUCGAACCUCUACUUUUCUCGUAUCUGCUUUCAGUGAUGACUCUACACUGAUUGGGAGGACCAAAGAAAAAGAAUAUCUCAUUUUUUUCUUCUCUCUACUCUAAAACCCAUUUAAUUCCGAACUGGGGCUUGACUAGGAGACAGGAAUUACAAGGGCUAUAUCCGACUCAGUGCUCUAUUUGGAUGGUCAGUGGUCUGGCCCUGGAUGGGCAAGACGAUGCACGGGGAGACGGCCUGCAGGAUCACUUCAGGGUCGAAAUUCACUGCUUCAUGUCCACUCUUCGCUUCUUGUUAUGUACUUUUGCCUACGCUAUACCUUGUUCCCGCCUAUUUCCUAUUCCCCACCCUUUUCGUGGCCUGGUUCUAUUACUUCUAUUUAUCUUCGGUACACUUUUUGCCUCUUCUACACAUUUUAGUGACAUCGCCUACCCCCGACCAUCUUUUCUGGACGUUUUUCCUUUUUAUUCCUCCAUGUUGUUUUCUUGUUGUGUUAGUUGUCAAUCUGAAGUUUUACCGAAAAGCGAACGGAAGUAUUACCGAGGCUCUAAUUGUGGCGUAGCCAGCUGCGAUGCAAGAACAGGGGAAGAGAAUACUACUAUAAUAAAUUGAACAUUAUGAUCACCAAAUGAAUAAGCAAGAACUCUGAGUUUGGUACA